CUGCGCGUGGUGCCGCAGCCGCACCCCCCGUCCUGCGCCGUGCGCCGGCCACGCGCGCAUCGGACCACAAUCCGCGACGCCCAUUGGUCGAGCCCGAACACGCCAGGCCGCUACCGUCGAUUUCCGUUACCCCCCGACCCGCCCCCUGGGGUCACCAGUUAGCGGCGGAAAAUGGCGAAACGCUUUUCGAUAUUCAAUGCCGCAUGGGAAAUCAUCAUUGUCCCGGGUUGACCUUUGCGACUGCCAUUAUCAACGACAGCGAACGGGAAUAUUUAUCGCGGAAUAAUGACGGAAAGAAGAGGACGCCGACGUCAUCGUCCUGGGAACGACGCUCGUCCAAAGUGGAAAUUUCGGGUGGAAGUUGUCCCCGUACUUUCCAUAGUCCAUAUAACUUCUAACCGGAUUUUCUGGAAACGUUUAACCGCCCCGUCCGCAAAUCUUAAUCAGGAUAAAACAUUUCGGCGCUGGAAUGAGUUCUCAUUUUAUGGAAGGACAUGGGUUGACGUCACACGGCGAACGUAGAUGCGAAACGGAUCGCCAUUGGUCAGCGAAUGAUCAUCCUUUUUCUUCUCGCCAGGGGUCCGAACUCUCUGGAAACCCGGAACAUCGCAGUGGAUGUCGAGGAAGGUGACGGAGUUACAGGUCGAGCGGCUUCGUCUUCGGCAAAGUCGGAAGCAGUGACCCGGAAAAAAGGCGAGGCACGUUGUGCAACUGUCGCGCGUCUUGUCGGACAUCCACAAGUAAUUAAGGUAGUACAAAGUACUCCCAACAAAACACUAAGUGGUAUUGUUGGGACCAAUACAGGUGGCCUUAAAGUUUAUAAGGCACCUGGACAAGAUUCACAGGUUUUGACAUCCGGAACGCAAGUUCUUAGAACCAUCAGUCUGCAAAGUCCGUCGACUCCAGGUCAAAGGUUAGUAACCAUACCUUUGCAAAAUGCAAAAAUGUCGACAGUGAAACCUGGUGAAUCAGUAAUGACGAAAACAAUACAGCUCACAUCUGCUCAAAUGAGCGACAUUAAGCAGGCCAUAGUGUCGCAGCAAGUACAGCAGCAGGGCAGUGGGCAACAAGUCGUUAAGGAUUCAUCGGGGAAAACAUUUAUAAGUUCAAUUUUGGACCACAGUGGAUCUCGAAAGCGGCAAGACCCGGACAAUGGAGACUUUGUCCCAGAAUCGUCUUCUCGUUUCAGCAAAAGAAGAAAAACGGAAAAGGUUGGGAAGGGUUUGAGACACUUCUCUAUGAAAGUUUGUGAGAAAGUGAAAAAGAAAGGGACCACGUCGUACAAUGAAGUAGCGGAUGAGUUAGUAGGGGAGUUCACAAAUCCGGCCCAUGUAAACUCGUUAACAGAUCAGCAAUAUGAUCAAAAGAAUAUAAGGAGACGCGUUUAUGAUGCACUGAACGUGUUGAUGGCUAUGAACAUUAUUUCUAAGGAAAAGAAGGAAAUCAGGUGGUUAGGUUUGCCAACGAAUUCGUUGCAAGAGUGCAUGGCAUUGGAGAAGGAUAAAAAGAAGAGAAUAGAGAGAAUCAAGGCGAAGACACAGCAAUUGCAUCAGUUGAUACUACAACACAUCUCUUUUAAAAAUUUAGUUGAACGCAAUCGGUACAACGAGAGUUUCAAUGGACCGCCGAAACCUAAUUCUGCCAUACAGCUGCCAUUCAUCAUAGUCAACACCAGUAAAAAGACUGUCAUAGACUGCAGCAUUUCAAACGACAAAACCGAGUACCUGUUUAAUUUUAAUGAUAAGUUUGAAAUUCACGACGACAUCGAAGUUCUAAAGCGAAUGGGACUAGCCUUUGGAUUAGAAAAAGGAGAGUGCACCGAGGAGGAUCUGCAGAAAGCCAAGACAAUGGUCCCCAAGUCUCUCGAGAAAUACGUUGAACAGCUGGCAACGGGCGACUUGGAAAAAUUCAUCCCCGUAACCAUUCCUGGUCCCAGUACGUCGAUGGACGAGCUGGAGAUAAAGCUCGAAAGCACAGGCUCAAGACCCCCGUCCUCUUCUCACACGUCUCUGUCGGAGGACGCGUUGUCACCGCCGCCAUACUUUUCGGAAGACGAGGACGAAGAGGAGGAGAGCGACCAAGACGACCAAGCCGACAGUGAUCUCGAGCUUAACUAGCACCUCGAUGGACCUCUUCAAGGCUGGACUCAGGGUUCGUUCGCUCUAUGCGAAUCCGGUCUCUCGGUAUGCAAUGAAUUCCCUAAAAAUGAAGGAUCACUCGGUACGGUCGUAACGGGUUGGCUCGUCCGGUCGAGUUUCUCGGUAUAUCAUCUCCACGCUCUCUCGAUAAUCUGAACCAGUUGGAAGUCUCCCUAGGGUGCUUCCCUAGGUUCUUAUUUACUCUUGGCAAAAAUCUCUUUGCGAUUUCUUUUCCCACUACCCUCCCAAUUCGAUUCCAUUUUAUGUAAAAAGUAAUUCGUGCAAAAUCAGAGCUUAAUCGGACAAAGAGGAAAGGGUACCUCUAAGCCCCUGAUAUAGGAGAAAAUCAAUUACAUUUGUUUAUCAUGCAAAAUAUUAAUUAUAUGCAAAAAAGCUUUAUACAAAAGUUGUAGAUCUAUUAGGGAUGCGCAUGUUAUUACCUACGACUUUUUCUCGUAUGACUGAUUGUUUCCGAGAAAAAUGUGAAUUCCGGGAAGCAAGUCAUGGCAUGCUUAUUCGCGUUCUCCCGAUUAAGCUGAAAUUUACGGGAAUUACUUUCGAGACAAAGUGGAACCAAAUUGGGGGGUAGCGGGAAGAAAAAUCGCAAAAAGAAAACCUUUGCCUAGGGUAAGUAAGAGUCACCCUAAAGUCUCCCGUCUCUAUUUUGAUCCACCACUCGUCGAUUACGUACUUCUCGCCUAUCAAAGAAUGACCCUCUGCGCGCGUACAAAAAGAGAGGAGGAUAACUUUUAUACGGCGAAACGCCGGAAGAGGCGCCAUGGCGGAUUAAUUUGUGUAAUUACUUCUUCUUUUUUUUUUUCUUCCGGGGGGGUGCCGCAUCGAUCGGGGCCAACGAGAAAUGCAGACAUUUCUUCGAACGGGGUAGAAGAGAGAGAGAGAGAAAAAUAAGAAAUGAGUCAUUUGAGUUAGGUCGGUUCUUUCUGCAUCGAGUAUUGGUUGAGAAGCUCAAGAAACGGUAUACAAACCUCGUCCCGCAAUCGUGUAGAGUGACUGAAACUCGGUGCUAUUUUAAUCGUGCAUCGUCUCACCGAUUUAUAAUGCCUAGUAUGUAUGUAUUAUAAAUUAUAAUCUUACAAUAUUACCUACAGUACAUGUAUAAAAAGAAAAAACAAAAAAAUAUAACAACUAGUACUCAUUUUCUUAUGGCACGUUUAUAAUAAUUGUAUCUCUGGUACGCAAUGGAAUACGAUAUAGCAAGUGCAGACACGGACUCGUGGUCCGGCUCUCGAUUUGGAAGUAUAAAUAAAUUGUAAUACUAUUACGAACGCUUGUUAGUUGACUGUUAGAGGCACGCCUGAUAUCCGAGAUCUUUUGCCAUCCCAACACGCUUUGCAAAGUUUUCGUUUAUACAUAUGUAUACACUCGAGGCGGGAGUCGGAAAAGUCGAGCUCGCUCCGUUUUCUUUUUCUUUUCUUUUUUUUAAUCAUUGCAUUAGAGGAAACCACGUCGCCGGGUAAUAUAGAUUUCUCUGGAUUCUAGAUAACCUAGCGAACAGUUUACAAAAUCAUUUUGUUUCUCCUUCGAUGGAGGUUUACGCACUGGUUGUCUUUUUUUUUUUUUGGUCCGGAGCUCCUGUAUCACGCACGUUUAAAAGCAACUCUCCAUUGCAAUGAUACCGAGAUCCUUUAUACGGAUAUUAUCCUUUUACAUGGAUUGCCUUUGUAUCAAAGGCACGAAAAUGAAACCAACCGCGAAAGCUUUGUAAACGUCCGGAAGUAUUCCUCCGAUCUGUCCAAUGUAAAUUGCAAUUUUUGUUGUAACAUCACCCCGAUUCUUGAUAUUAAUAACAUUUGUUGAAGUGCGUUAAAGAGUAAUCGAUGGAACUGGUAGUAUUCUGUUAAAAGUCGGAAAGAUUUUCUAACGAUUAACGUCAAAUUUACAUGUACAAAUCGUUUUAGGCAGUGCAUCGUGCAGAUGCGUAACUGACUUAUUGAAUGGUAUUCAUUUUCUUUUUGUAUGCAUUGUUAUAUAAAGUUGAAAUUAAUUAACUACUUUAUGUAUACGCGGGUAGUGAUUUUAAUUUGAAAUCUGUAAUUUUGGUUCGUUUAAUCAUGGCAUACGUUGUAAAACUGUUCUACGAGACGGUUAUAGAUAUAAUAUCCUUGUUUUGAUUAUGAUUGUAAAAGAAUGGAACUGUUAUCGUGACAAUCUGCACGGUGAGUGCAGUUUGUUUAACUUAGUACGUAAUGCGCUAAUUGUAAUUUGGAAUAAUUGUUUAGCGAGGUUGCUUAUUUUAGCUCGAUCCUAUGAAAUUCAUUAUACCGCUAUCUUAAACCUUGAGUUUUGAUUUUAUCAUGAUUUACGUUUAAGUCAAAUUCAACCUUUUACAACUAGAUAAGAUAUGUGGCAAAGUGUACAUAGUUUACAAUGCCAAUGAAAUAAAGUACUUUUUAAUCAUUGAAA